AUGGCAGUAUCACAUGGGGUUGGCAAGAAGGCCUCGUGGAUGACGCAACAUUUGAGCAAAGACCUGAAGAGGCACACCCACUACCCACUCAGGACAGGACCCCGUGUGACGUCCCGUUCUGAUUGUGAGCAUCCAUGGGGCCCUGCUGGGGCUGUACUCACCUUCACCAAUUCGACGGAGGCCCGAGCAGACCCCACAUGGAUGAAGAGAAAGAAGGAAGAGACAACCAGUGGAGCCGACUCACAGUCCUCAGUUUUCCCAGGGGUUGCAAACAGCCAUCCUGCACAGAUGGCCAUCCUGGACCUGGCCACUGUCUUCAGACCAUGCGAGGACAGGAGGUGCUGGGUCUCUGGAUUCAGGCACAUGGGCUACAUUAGUGCCCCUCAGGAGGAGCAGAAGAAGGAAAUGGAUGAGUUUAAACACCAGCAUGAACAAAUGAACAUCACACAUAGCCAGCUCUUUUUACAGAAAGAUGAGGAAAUUAAGAAUUUACAAAAAACAAUUGAACAACUAAAAACCCAGUUGAAUGAAGAAAGGCAGUUCAUUGAAACAGAGAUUAUCCAGCAGAAAGACUUGGACAUGCAAGCUUGUCAGGCGAGAAUGUCUUCUGCUUCCUACCCCCAGGAUGUGACCCGACUUCAACAGCAACUGCAGGCCUACGCGAGGAAGAGAGAACAAGUACUCGCUGUUUUGGAGGAGAAGACAAGGGAAACCAGCCAUUUGAAAAGAGAAUACCACAAAAUGAUGGAUAUCGUUGCUGCCAAAGAAGCAGCACUCAUUAAGCUGCAAGACGACAAUAAAAUACUGUGCACUAGAUUUGAAAGUACUGGUCAAGAUAUGUUUAGAGAAACUCUUCAGAAUUUGUCACUUAUCAUUCGAGAAAAGGACAUUGAAAUAGAUGCACUGAGUCAGAAAUGUGAAACUUUGUUGGCAGUUUUACAAACUUCCAGUCCUGGGGAUGAGGUUGGAGGUGUAAGUAGUCAUCAGUUUGAGGAGCUGCUAGAGGAGCGUAAUAAAUUAAAGCAGCAAGUAAAGAAUAUGGAAGAAUGGAAACGGCAGGUGAUCACCAUGGUCCAAAACACUCAGCAUGAGUCUGCCCAGGUUCUGGAGGAAAUUUAUCAACUUCAGGCCCAAGUUUUGGUGGACCGUGAUAACAAUUCUAAAUUACAAGAAGACUACAUUGGCCUGAUCCAAAGGUAUGAGCAGAAUGAAAUCAAACUUAAACAUUUGGGACAAGAAUUACCACAAGUUCAGCAAGGCAUAAGACAACUUUGUAGUGCCAAGGACCUUCUUCUAGGAAAACUUGAUAUCUUGUCACUGCUCUCUUCUGGAUCAUCAUUUACCUCCCAGGCAGCAGAGUCCCUUAUACCAAGUGUGUCUGCUGGAUUGAGUGAGAUUUCUAAACUAAAAGUGGAAAAUGAACAACUAGUAGAAACAUCCAAGGGAAAGGAAACAGAAUAUCAAGCAUUACAAGAGACUAACAUGAAGUUUUCUCUAAUGCUUCGAGAAAAAGAGUUGGAGUACAAUUCAAUGCAGAAGAAGGCUCUUGCUUUAGAGCAGCUAUUGAAAGAAAAAGAACAGGUGAGGCUGGGGAGUAAAUCGCUUUUAAUUACAGUCGAGUCAAUGCAGGAGAAGACAACUGCACUGCAACAGGAGGGAGACCAAGUCAUGAUGGCCCUGAAACAGAAACAAGUGGAAAACAGCGCCCUACAGAAUGAAGUCCACCACUUACAGGACAAAGAGUCACAGUUAAACCAGGAGCUCCACAGACUGUGCAACCGUCUGUUAGAACCGGAAGAGUGUCACACUCGGAAAUUGUCGGCCGUGGAAGAUAGAGAGGCUAAACUGAGAAAGAAAGUCACAUCAUUGGAGGAAAAGCUACUCUCAUCCUCUAAGGCAAUGGAAAAUGCAAGUUACCAAGCCAGUGUGCAGGUGGAGUCAUUGCGAGAACAAUUGCACAUCGUCUCCAAGCAGAGGGAUGAAUGUGCAGCCCAGCUCACUGUCUCUCAGGACCAAGUAAAGCAGUAUGCGCUGUCAUUAAGUAACCUACAGAUGGUCCUAGAGCACUUCCAACACGAGCAAAACGCGAUGCAUUCUGCUGAAUUAGAAAAACAAAAACACGUUGCAGCCGAAUGGAAGACAAAGGCAGAAAAUCUUGAAGCAAAAGUAUUAUCAUUGCAAGAACAUUUGGAUGAAGCGAAUGCAGCACUGGAUUCAGCAUCCAGACUUACAGAACAGUUAGAUCUAAAGGAACAACAGAUUGAAGAACUUCAAAAACAAACUGAGCUCCGACAGGAAAUGCUGGAUGAUACACAAAAGAAAUUGAUGAAUUUAGUAAACAUCACAGAAGGAAAAGUGGACAAAGUCCUCAUGAGAAAUCUUCUCAUUGGUCAUUUCCACACACCAAAAAGUAAGCGACAUGAAGUAUUACGGUUAAUGGGAACCAUCCUUGGUAUGAAGAAGGAGGAGAUGGAGCAGUUGUUUAAUGAAGACCAAGGAGGUAUUGCGAGGUGGAUGAUUGGGUGGCAUGGAGAAGGAUCAAAAAGUAUCCCCAACAUACCUCUGACACCAAAUCAGCAAUCUACUCUUAAGAGUUCUUUUUCAGAGCUUUUUGUUAAAUUUCUAGAAAUGGAAUCUCGUCCAUCUGUCCCCUCACCAAAGCUUCCUGUUUAUGACAUAUAACAUCUAGAUUCACCGAAGACAACUGGACACAAAUGCACAAGUUUUAAAGGUACAACAGAACCCAGGGUGGGUAGAAGAGCAGACAUGAAUCCAUUCUAUCCCCGCUCUGCAGCUGUGCCUCUUAUUAAAACUGCUGGACUUGGACUUGGUGGGCUCGGGCAUCUUCUUUUGAAGCCCAUCCCAGACUUUCUGUCCACAUUGACUUUGCCAGUGUCACCUGACAACAGUGCUUGCACUGCCAAAGACCUGCUAAAGCAAUAG